CCGAGACUAGAAGCGCUGCGGGAAGCACGGACAGUGGAGAGGGCGCUGCGCUCGGGCUACCCAAUGCGUGGACUAUCUGCCGCCGCUGUUCGUGCAAUAUGCUGGAGCUCCAGAACAGCUAAACGGAGUCGCCACACCACUGUUUGUGCUGGAUCGCAGCUCUGCCUUUCCUUAUGAAGAAGACACAAACUUGGAUUCUCACUUGCAUUUAUCUUCAGCUGCUCCUAUUUAAUCCUCUCGUCAAAACCGAAGGGAUCUGCAGGAAUCGUGUGACUAAUAAUGUAAAAGACGUCACUAAAUUGGUGGCAAAUCUUCCGAAAGACUAUAUGAUAACCCUCAAAUAUGUCCCCGGGAUGGAUGUUUUGCCAAGUCAUUGUUGGAUAAGCGAGAUGGUAGUACAAUUGUCAGACAGCUUGACUGAUCUUCUGGACAAGUUUUCAAAUAUUUCUGAAGGUUUGAGUAAUUAUUCCAUCAUAGACAAACUUGUGAAUAUAGUGGAUGACCUUGUGGAGUGCGUGAAAGAAAACUCAUCUAAGGAUCUAAAAAAAUCAUUCAAGAGCCCAGAACCCAGGCUGUUUACUCCUGAAGAAUUCUUUAGAAUUUUUAAUAGAUCCAUUGAUGCCUUCAAGGACUUUGUAGUGGCAUCUGAAACUAGUGAUUGCGUGGUUUCUUCAACAUUAAGUCCUGAGAAAGAUUCCAGAGUCAGUGUCACAAAACCAUUUAUGUUACCCCCUGUUGCAGCCAGCUCCCUUAGGAAUGACAGCAGUAGCAGUAAUAGGAAGGCCAAAAAUCCCCCUGGAGACUCCAGCCUACACUGGGCAGCCAUGGCAUUGCCAGCGUUGUUUUCUCUUAUAAUUGGCUUUGCUUUUGGAGCCUUAUACUGGAAGAAGAGACAGCCAAGUCUUACAAGGGCAGUUGAAAAUAUACAAAUUAAUGAAGAGGAUAAUGAGAUAAGUAUGUUGCAAGAGAAGGAGAGAGAGUUUCAAGAAGUGUAAUUGUGGCUUGUAUCAACACUGUUACUUUCGUACAUUGGCUGGUAACAGUUCAUGUUUGCUUCAUAAAUGAAGCAGCUUUAAACAAAUUCAUAUUCUGUCUGGAGUGACAGACCACAUCUUUAUCUGUUCUUGCUACCCAUGACUUUAUAUGGAUGAUUCAGAAAUUGGAACAGAAUGUUUUACUGUGAAACUGGCACUGAAUUAAUCAUCUAUAAAGAAGAACUUGCACGGAGCAGGACUCUAUUUUAAGGACCUGCGGGACUUGGGUCUCAUUUAGAACUUGCAGCUGAUGUUGGAAGAGAAAGCACGUGUCUCAGACUGCAUGUACCAUUUGCAUGGCUCCAGAAAUGUCUAAAUGCUGAAAAAACACCUAGCUUUAUUCUUCAGAUACAAACUGCAGCCUGUAGUUAUCCUGGUCUCUGCAAAUAGAUUUCAGCUUGGAUAGUAGGGGUAACAAUUUUUCUCAAAGGGAUCUAGAAAAAAUGUUUAAAACUCAGUAGUAUCAGCCACUGUACAGUGUAGAAAGCAGUGGGAACUGUGAUAGGAGUUGGCAACUUGUCAGCUUUAUAGUUGCUGAUUAGUGAUAUGGGUCUGAUUUUGAUCUCUUCCUGAUGUAAACCAUGCUCACCCAUAUCCCACUAAACAAAUGCAAAUGGUUGCCUGGUUCCAUUUAUGCAAGGGAGCCAGUACUGAAUUAUGCCUUGGCAGAGGGGAGACUCUCCAAAAGAGUCACCGCAGGAAGAAGUUAAGAACACUGAACAUCAGAACAGUCUGCUAAGGAGGACAUUGGCAUCCUGGGAAAGUCUGCCUUUUCCCUUGACCACUAUAGUGUGUAUAAAUCGUGUUUGCAAAAUGUGUUAUGACGUGUUUAUAUUCUAAAACUAUUACAGAGCUAUGUAAAGGGACUUAGGAGAAAAUGCUGAAUGUAAGAUGGUCCCAUUUCAACUUCCACCAUGGGAGAGAAUAAAAAUAAAUUAUGACAUUUAGUAUCUAAGGUUAGAAAACCACGCCCACAUGCUAAUAUGGGUGUUGAAAACUAGGUUACUUGGAAUGCAAGGAAUCAGGAAACUUUAGUUAUUUAUAGUAUAAUCACCAUUAUCUGUUUAAAGGAUCCAUUUAGUUAAAAUCGGGCACUCUAUAUUCAUUAAGGUUUAUGAAUUAAAAAUAAAAAGAAAGUUUUAUGUAGUUAUGCAUGUCAGUUUGCUAUUUAAAAUGUGUAACAGUGUUUGUCAUAUUAAGAGUGAAUUUGGCAGGAAUUCCCAAGAUGGACAUUGUGCUUUUAAACUAGAACUUGUAAGACAUUAUGUGAAUAUCCCUUGCCAAUUUUUUUUAUAAUCAAGAAAACAUCUGACUAAAGUCAAAGAAUUAUUUCUUAUGGUUUAUUUUGAUGAAAGUUCUUUUAACACAUCUUGAAUGUACACAUAAAGGAAUCCAAAGCUUUCCAUUCUAACUUAAUCUUUGUGAUAAUAUUAUUGCCAUGUUCUACAACCACAAGAUGACAGUUUUCAAUGUAGUUUCAUUUCAAAAGUCCAAGAAUUUCUAGUAUAUUUGGAUUUUAGCUUCUGUUCAAAGCGAAUCCAGAUGCAACUCCAGUAAGUGGCCUUUGCUCUUUUUUGUACCAAAGAGCCCAGAUGAUUCCUCCAGUCCCCUUCUUCUCUAACAUGCUGUGGUUCCUUAAAUAUGACUAAUUUCUCUAAGAUACAACCCAGCUGCUUUGAGAAGCUGCAUUAAGGUGUUCAGGCCCUCAGAUAUCACAUGGUACACUUGAUUAGUAAUAAAACCAGAGAUCAAUUUAAUUGCUGAUAGGUCCUGUCUCAGUGUGUAGCAUUGAUUGUUUUCAGCAAAAUUGAUACAGAUUAAUAUGAGUUAUGCAUGUAGGUUGUGUAUAGAUUGAGAAGACAGAUACUUCUCAAUCUAGUAGUUUGAUUUAUUUAAUCAAUGGUUUCAGUUUGCUUGAGCAUAUGAAAAUGCUGCUUAAUAUGCUUAAGAGUGUAAUAAAUGUACUUUUGUCCUCAAACCUAGUAGCUGUUUUAACACUCAUGGACAUGGUCCUAAUUAAUGGGGUUAAAUAAACAAAUUCAGCAAGUUAUUAAAUCUGACAUGGUAGGAGAGGGGAGAUAUGUCCUGCUUAUUAAAUGUAUUGAUCCAUUGAAAGUUACAUGGAUUGCCAAUUUUUAAAACACUAAAGUUGAAUAAAAUGCA